AUGAAGUACUCGAUUGCCUUGACUCUCGCCACGGCGGGCUCCUUCGUGGCUGCCCAGCACCACCACCAGCACCGUCACCCCCACAAGCGUGAUGCCGACACCGUCAUCAAGUACGUCCUCGACGGCAACGCCAUCUCGGCCAGCGACGUCUGCGCCGGCAUCAAGAAGGGGUCUCUCGAAUACAAGCCCGGCGAGCCUACGCCUGCCGUGGACCCUUGCCAAGAGAGCACCGCUGCUACUUCUUCGGCCGCUUCUUCCUCUACCCUCUCCGUCGACGCCGCCGCCGAGUUCGCUGAGGUCUCCGCCUCCGUCGCCCCUGCGACCUCGAGCGCGGCUUCUACCCCGGCUCCCUCUUCCGGUAGCUCUUCGGGCUCCAGCGGCUCCAGCGGCUCCUCGAGCGGUACUGGUAUGGACCGCGAUUUCCCCGACGGCGAAAUCGACUGCGGUUCGUUCCCCUCCGACUAUGGUGCUAUCGCCCUCGACUACCUGGACCUGGGCGGAUGGUCCGGUAUCCAGUACGUCACCUUCGCCGACGAACUCAUCAGCGACAUCGUCACUGCCGUGACUGGUGACGACUGCCACAACGGCGCUAUGUGCUCCUACGCCUGCCCGCCUGGCUACCAGAAGUCCCAGUGGCCCACCACCCAGGGCUCCACCGGUCAAUCCGUUGGUGGUCUGCAGUGCAAGGGUGGCAAGCUUUACCUUACCAACAAGAAACUUUCUAGCAAGCUCUGCAUUGAGGGUGUUGGUGGUGUUCACGUCCAGAACAACCUGGGCGAAGAAGUUGCUGUGUGCCGUACCGAUUACCCUGGUACCGAGUCCGAGACCAUUCCCCUCACCCUUGGAGACAACGACCUCCAGCCCCUGACUUGCCCCGAUGCCAACUACUUCAAGUGGGAGCAGAAGGUCACCUCCGCCCAGUACUACGUGAACCCCAAGGGUACCCCGGCCAAGAAGGGCUGCCAGUGGGGUGACGGUAGCGAGCCCAUUGGUAACUGGGCUCCCAUCAACCUCGGUGUUGGCGAGAACAACGGCAAAUGGCUCUCGAUCUCCCAGAACGCCCCCACCACCAACGAGAAGCUUGACUUCAACAUUAAGAUCAAGGGUAGCGACCUUGGCGGCUCCUGCAAGUACGAGGAUGGCAGCUUCAUCUCUGACACCGGCUCGAACGACUCCGGCUGCACUGUCAAGGUCAACUCCGGCGAUGCCACCUUUGUCUUCUACUGA